UCCAUCUCCUAGCGCUGAAUUCCAAGAGAUCUCACACCUCUCUCUCUCUCCUCCCUCUCCCUCGUCCUUCUUCCUCGGCUCCCCGCCCUCUCCGUUUUGGUGGCCGGGUGGUGCAAGUUGGUUGCAGUGGAGUUGGCACAGGGCGUUGCCUUUUUGGGCGCAAAACAAGCACAUAUAGGAGGAGGGCAGGAGGAGGAGGCUUGUGCUUCUCUCGCCUCGCCUUUGCGGGGCCGCCGCUUUUGAGCCUCCUCCUUCCCAUUGGAGCGUACAAAGCUGGGCGGCACCAUUUAAAGGAAGAGCAGCAGGAGGCGGAGGAGAUCGAGCCAAACCCCAAAGAGAGGAACAAGAGUAGUGAGAGCGCACCACCACCAUCACUAGUGCUGCUACACUGCACUCCGUCCCAGCCAGCCAGAGGAGGAUCGCCUCGCGCCGCUGUUCCUUCUGCCCUGCCCUUUCGCUGCGGGGCUCCUUCCCUACCGCGAGGACCGACGGACGAUCCCAAGGUCGGAGAAAGUGUAGCCUGCAAGCUUCUCAAAUCUGGGUACUGUUUGUAGAGGAGUGGCCCUUCUUCAGUAAAGCUUUGGACAUUAUCUUGUACUAGUUUGGAUGGCAUCCAUGGUUACUCUCAUGUGUUUGUGGAGCCCUGGAUGCCAAGUUCACCAUUGAUGAGCCACUGUGGAGAUGUAACUUGUGCUACACCAUUUGUCCCCUCAUUGCAGAAGAAAGUUGGGUAGCAAAAUCAAGCGUUCUUCCCUAGCUUGGUCAAGUGUUUGUGAGGCUCAAGCCGGAGCAUCAAAUUUUGUCUGGCAUGCAGAUGUCAACAGAUCCUAACCACUACGGCGUAUUUCCGCAUUCGUUCUUCGGCCAACAUGUGGUUUCAUUUCAGACGAGUGCAAUUACCAACGGGCCGGGAGCCAUGCCGGUCUGCCUGGACACUUCCAGUGGGAUAAAUGGUAAUCUGGCAGUGUUGAACACUACACCUUCGACGAUUGUAUCCACUGCUUCACCCAACAUGAUUCCUGAUUCUAGCCAGAGCCUAAAGUAUGGAGGUCCAAUGGCUGUGGAGUGGUCAUACCCUGAGUUACAGAUGCUUAAUGACGGCCUCCAUAAGUAUGCAAGUGAACCGGGAAUCAUGAAGUAUAUCAAGAUAGCAGCAAUGUUGCCAGAGAAGACAGUAAGAGAUGUGGCCAUGAGAUGCCAGUGGAUGGCGGAAAAACAAAAUACAAGACGACGGAAGACUGAAGAACACAAUGGUGGAAGAAAGAUUAAAGAUAGAAAGGCUGUAUCUCAGGACAAAAUGGUGGAGUCGUCAUUGUGGGCUAACAAUCGUUCUGUUCCAGUAGACACCAGAGGUCCUUCUGUUACGACAGCUUCUGGGAAUGCAGCCUCUGACAUCGACCGUGCAAUGCUUAAUGUAUUGGAAGAAAAUGCUCGACUUCUCAAUCAAAUAGAAGCAAAUAUUUUGACAUCACAGGCUCAGAACAACAUUGAUCUUUUCCAUCGCACAAGAAGUAACAUCAAUAAUCUUCUACGAAGCAUGAGCCAAAUACCUGGAAUAAUGAGCAAGAUGCCUAGGUUGCCUAUUUCAGUGGAUGAAAAGCUUUGCAGUUAUCUGCUCCCUGGUGUUAAUUUGCACCAGAUUGUAUACUGGAAUGGCCACUCUUGAUGUCCUUAUUGUGUGCAUUUGAAGGCCCAAGUUCUUAGCAGCAGCUACCUGAAAGAGGAGCCAAGAGGAAACUGGUGAGCCAUUGCAAAGGUGGCUCCUCAUUUUUCAGCAAUAGAUGAAAGGUUUGGAGAGCUCUUUGCCCCGUGUCUGCGUGGAGAAGCAAGAGAUGCAAGAAACAUCCAUCUUUUCCUACCUAAUAUCUGGAGAGCCACAGUGCGGUGUGUGCCUUCAAACACGGCGUCAAAUGUGCUCUCUCUGCAAGUCUAUAUAAUAUUAGUCAUUGAAAAUAGGGAGGGUUUUCUCAAUUGCAGUUUUCCUCAUCUUGUUGCACAUAUUGUUUGGUUUUCUCCCCUGGUCCAGCUUUUGCUCCAGUCCAAGUGAUCAUCUUAACAAGUAGUGUAGCAUAGAAACUUGAUACAAAUAAUUAGCAGGAAAAUGAAUGCCCAUUUGUCA